UUUGCUUGGUGUAGAAAUCCAAAGACUUGUCAUAUUCACUAAAACUAUUUGCGUUAAAUCCCAUAGCAAUCUUGUAGAGGAGAGAGAGCAAAUAUUAUUUUUAGGCAAAUUUUUCAUGCGUGUUUCAAGUCUUUAAUCCUGUAUUAAUUAAUUGGUCAAAUAAUUAAACCUUCAUCUUUGUGUUCAUAUAUUUUUGUAUGUAUCCAUGAAACAUAUUUUCCAACAUAAAACUGUUUUUCUCGGUUGUCAAACUCUUUCCUCAACCCUUUUUUUAAUCUCCCACCCACUUGUUUCUUUUUUUGGUUUAACUCAUUUGGUAUUUUUAAAUUGACUUCCUGACUAACCUGAAUUUAUAUUGCAUAAGGCCUAACUCAGCACACUCUUUCAUUCAAUUCUAAUCUUGGACCCAAAAUCUUUAAUUAAAGGUGAAGGAAUCUCAUUCAUUCAACAACUAAGAUGGUUCCCAUUUCCCACACACCCUCGCACCAUUUAUCUCUCCAUACAUAAAAGGCAUAAAUGCUAUCUUAGCUUAUUUAUUCAGCAUUCCUGCGUUCCUACUCUUUUCGGUUUUAGCUUACUUCUUCAGCAUCCCUCCGUAAAGUCCCUACUCACUCUUUGAUUCAUGUGCGACUCAAAUCUCUGAAACCUUGUAAAGAGACAAUAAAUUAAGAAAGAACAAUCACAAAGCUGUUCAAUGUAAUCAGUCGUUUGGUGCUCCAAUAGGCUAGUGUUGUUAUUCAGUGAAGUGUUUAUCCAGCUAUUUUGUUCUAAUCAGGUGCAGAGAUACUAGUUUUGCUAGUUCAAGUUGAUGACAUAAUGCAGCUAUAUCAUCAUCCAUUUUCCUUGGAUAGUCAGAAGGUGAGGCUUGCUUUGGAGGAGAAGGGUAUUGAUUACACAUCAUAUCAUGUGAAUCCUUUAACUGGCAAGAAUAUGGAUGCAUUUUUCUUCAGGAAGAAUCCAAGUGGAAAGAUUCCAGUUUUGCAGAAUGGUUCUCACAUCAUAUAUGAUACAACUGAGAUAAUUCAGCGUCUGAACAUGCUAUUUUGGAUCAUCAUUUCAAAUCAGUGUUUGGACAUGCGAUUCCAGAUCAUGAUUUCAAAUCAGCCCAUCACACCAUGUAAAUGGAACAGGAGCAGAAAGUACAUUGAAAGAAUUGCUGAAACAGUGUCUUCUGGUGGCAACAGUACCACACUGAGCAGCGAUGUCAUUGAAUGGACGCAUAAGCUACAAGAAUGUGACUCAAAGCACUUUACCCUUUUCCACAUCCCUGCGAAGUAUCGAUUGUAUGUUUCUAAAUACUUAAGACAUGUAAUAAUUGCGCGAAUGGCAGAAUCUCCCAAUUUAGCAAGUGACUAUCAUCGUAAAUUGAAAGAAGCAUAUGAGACAGAUGAUAAGAUGAAGAACGUUGAAGUUCUAAUACAGAGUAAGGAUCAUCUUGUAAAGCUUCUUGAUGAAUUGGAAGUUAAGCUUGGUGAAACAUCAUAUUUAGGUGGGGUAGAAUUCACUCUAGCUAAUGUGAUGGUUAUUCCAGUUCUAGCUAGACUAGAGUUAUUGAAGUUGGAAGAUGAGUACAUAAACAUUCGACCGAAUUUAGCAGAUUAUUGGGUUGUGGUGAAGCAAAGGCCUAGUUACAAGAAGGUGAUUGGAAGGUAUUUUGAUGGAUGGAGAAAGCGAAAACACUACUGAAAACUUGGUGCUUCAUCUGUAUGAGAAGCUUGCUUCGAAAAUAUUGAUUUGUUUUACAAGAAGACUGAAGCGGAAAAGCUCGUGCAUGAUAACCACCGAUGCUUACGGUUUAGUGGUGAAAAUCUUCUACACGAUAACUGCAGGCUCGAUUCUCACUGUCCUCCUUUUCCUUCCCCAGCAUGUAAGAGAAAAAAAACACGAAAAGAAUUGUUCUUACCUGAUGUAACUGGUAAUUUUCUCUCUUCCCCUUCCCUCAUGUUUUCAUAAAAGAUGUUUUCCAUGCGAUGUUUAGUUGGAGAUAGAAAAUAUUUUCCAGAGAACAAGACACCGACUCCAAGUCAAACUAAACCAAACUGAAACGGUCGAAUGUAGUUGCAAAAUUUUAAAUGGUUUGAUUCAGCUCGGAAUAUACAAAAAUCAUGUUUUCCCAGUUUGGUUUAGUUUCAUCACAAACUACACCAAUCCAAACUGUUCAUGGUAAGAGUAUA